UGCAAUGUGGUUUUGUUUGUGCAGGAGUGGGAACACGUGCAAUGUUUGGAACGGAGAGUAACAGAGGGAAGUGAAAUGAGCCUGUACAUGGACUUUCCUGAUAAGUAUUUGGUGGGCUUACAGAAACCUAUGGUACUUUGGUUUUUCUCGCUGUUGACACUGACCCCCCAGGAAGACAACCAAGGACCAUAACAAGGUCAAAGUACUUGUGACAAAAUGAAGAUGACAAGCACGCUCAUCCAGUCCAGUUUCUCACACUGCACUCCAGGGACAACCCAUCUCACUCUCUGAAUGGUUCUUUGAAUGCUGAGCGGUCCUCUUGUCUUCCCCCACGCUGGGACCAAUUACUAAAGCUUGGCCGCACUUGAUUACGAAAUCCAUAAGCGACAGCCACCCUAUGAGAUGAGGCUGCUUUGCAUCUUGGUUUUAAUUCUUUGCCUUUAUGGCCCACAAGGGGCUGAGGGCAAAAAGGAGAAUGGAAACAAGCAGCAGGACAAGAAGGGCAAAAACAAAUCCAUCCCCAGCUCGGGGGAGCUUAUAACCAAGGACAACCACAGGUGUACCUGGGAGACCUCUGGAGAAGGAGAAGUCAGCCUCCUGCUUAACUGUAUCGAGGAAGACAAAACCUACUGGUGCAGGUUCACUGGCCAGCCAGAGCUUUGCUCCAAUUACAACAGCAAGUCCAGUGUGUACUGGAAGCAAGUGGUGGGGAAGGUUAAGAAGAAGAAGAAUGCCUGUGAGGGGGACAGAGUCCUUAAAACACGUAUUUGUAAAAAGGGCCCAGCAGAGUCCCACAUGAAGCUCUCAGAAAAGAGUGGUCCAGCAGGGCAGGCUCCUGAAAAGGGCAAAGGGAAAGGCGGCAGAAAAAAGGACGCAGGCCCUGAGUCAAGUGACAAGAAGAAAGAGAAGAAACCCCAGGAACUGGAGAAGGAUGAUUUCGGGGAGGUGAAUGAUGGAAACUCAGAGUCUGAGAUGGAGCCAGUAGAAAACUACUGUGACGAUAACUGGCAUUCAGUCUGUUCGUUUUUUGUCAAAUUCUUUGAUGGCUAAAACAAACCUGAACACUUAUACCAACUCUCCCACUUGUGCUUACUCUCUUUUCUUUGUCUUUGCUAAGUAAGAAUGAUUCUUGAAUUUUUUUUACAUAAUUACCAGAAUUUGAUUUAUUUUUGUUUCGACUGUUUCCUAAUCAACUGAUAUAUUUACCUCACGUGAAUUUUUAAUUCUUCUUUUAUUGUUUCUUCUCUCAGAAUUGUGCCUAACCUUGCUUGUUUGUAAAUGAUUGAUAAUCAGAAUUGUUGUAUGUAUCAAUAAACAUCAAUUUACAAUA